AUGCACAGACUAUAUCUUUUCUUAAUUCUGCUAAAUGCAGCUUGGUCUUUAACGAGCCCUAAACUGUUUAAAGGAAAUUUGAAGGAAAAUGAAAGGCAAGGACCCAUCGUAAAAGUUCAUGUGUCCAUAGCAAUGGAAUGAAUUCAAAGUAAUUUGAUUGUCGUAGGCCUUGGUAUUUUAGGAACUAUUAUAGUAGGGUAUGCAAUUGUAUACAGUAAAUUGAUAUUUAGAACUGAAAAACUCUAGCUCAGACAAAGAUAUUAUCGUGAUGAAAGAGACAAGAAGGUUUAAGUGUGCAAAUUGCUAG